UAAAGAUGGCGAUAGAAGAGGGUAGGAGAUCAACUUUAUCCGUGAACAAUCGUUGCUGAAUGUCGGGUUGAGAGAGAAUAAACCGUUAGUUACCGAUUGUGUAGUUUAAUGGCUAGCCACCUAUUUCACUGUCAUUCGUGAGUCCAGACUACGCAACGUGAUCGAAUAAUCGAGUUGUGCCAGUGCACGAGCUUCCUUCCUUGCGACCAAACUGCAGAGUCCGUCCUGAGAAGAGCGGAUAAAGUUUAUUACGGAUCUGACUCAACCCUCUGUUGACGCUGAUUUUUUUGUUGUUGAUUAUUUGGCGUAACAGUCGGACACUAGCUAAACAGGUUAUCAGUAGUCCAGAGGUUCACAUGCCAAGAGAGAGAGGACGAAGAGGGGACACACUCAGGACGAUGAGUCUGGAGCACGCAGCAUAUACUCUUAAAGAAUGCCUGUGACUUAGGAACCUGUGGAUGAGGACAUCGCUGGAAUAACUCAGAAUUUGGACAUACACUCACGGUUCCUCUACCUGACUGGCUCUGUGCUGUAAUUGCGUCUGAUCAUUCAUUCCAAGACUGAUUAACUCAUGCACUCAUUUUACCCAGAGACUCCCUGUGGCUCAUUCAAAUACUGUCUUCAGGAAUAACAGAACGGACAGACAGACGGACGCUGAGCGCCAAGGAUGACGAGCGCUGCCCCGGCCAGGAAGCCGUACCGCAAGGCUCCGCCUCAGCACCGCGAGACACGCAACAGCCUGCCCUUGUUUCGGGAGGACCUUAGUGGGAGCACGCCGCCUGUCCACACCGCUGGCCCCAACCUGCCUGACCCCUGCCAGGACUCCUUAUCAGAUGCAGACAGGAUCAAGAUCCUGCAGCAGCAGAAUGAAGACCUGCGCCGGCGGCUCUCCCACACCACCCACAAGAUGGAGGCCAUGGAGACGGAGUUUGAGACCAGCCGCCACUACAUGCGGGAGGAGAUGGGUCGUACCCGCGACGACCUGGAGAAGAUGAGAGACAAGUUCCGCAGACUGCAGAACAGCUACACUGCCUCCCAGCGGGCCAACCAGGACCUGGAGGAGAAGCUUCAUGCCCUGCUCCGUAAAGUGGAGAGGGACAAGAAGACAAUGGACCAGGAGAUAGUGGAGCUCACCAACAAACUCCUGGACGCCAAGAACACCAUUGACAAGCUGGAGGAGUUGAACGAACGCUAUCGGCAAGAUUGCAAUUUGGCCGUGCAGCUGUUGAAGUGCAAUAAGUCCCAUUUCAGAAACCACAAGUUUGCAGAUCUGCCCUAUGAGCUGCAGGACAUGGUGAACAAGCACAUGAAGGCCAGUCUGCCGGAUAAGAGUUCCCAGGGGGCCCAGGGCCAGGACUCCGACACCAUGAGCCUGACGCCCGCCGACGUGGUGCCCACCUCAGUCAUUGCCCGCGUCCUGGAGAAGCCUGAGCCUCUGGUACUCAACUCUGCCCAGUCCAGCAGCAGCGCAGGCCGGCCCCAGGCAGAGGAUGUGUUUGUGCAUGUGGACAUGACUGGGCCCCAGGCAGGAGGAGGGGGUAGAGAGAACGGGGGUCCCGGUCACAGCAGCAGGGCCCCAGCCCAGAGCAGCCAGGCCCAGGAGCUCCUCCAGCAGAACGGCAUGUGUCGGAGCCAGAGCAGCCUGUCAGCAGACGGCCAAUCAGGAGAGGAGGGUAGAGAGGGUGGUGCCUUCGAGAAGCUCAACCCCUACCCAGCCCCCCCUCCGCCCCACCCCCUCUAUCCCGGCCGCAAGGUGAUCGAGUUCUCCUCGGACGACAAGGUGAAGAUCCCCAAGAAUAGCCCCCUGCCCAACUGCACCUACGCAACACGCCAGGCCAUCUCCCUCAGCCUGGUGCAGAACGACGAGGAGAACGAGCGCCAGCGCACCGUGCCAAACAGCCCCGCUGUGUCGGACGGGGGCUGGCGAUCCGGGACGUCCUCCUCCUCAGGGGGAGGGGGGCAGCGUGACCCCUGCCGCACCCCUACUCAGCUGGACACAACAGACCCCCUCUCCAACCAGUCCAGCCCCUUCAGCAGCCCCCCUCAGCCCCCCAGCGCCUUUGCCAGCUCAGGUAGCUCCGAGGAGGACCUGCUGGCCAACUGGCAGCGCAUGUUUGUGGAGAAGAUGGCACCAUCCUCUGAGGGCACCCUGGUCAACCGCACCUCCUUCAGCAGCGAGACGGUCAAGGACCUGGAGGGGACCCGGACCAGCAAGCCAGUGGGCGGGGGUUCCGACAGGGGGGCACUACGGGGGGCCUACUCGGACGGGGAGGAGGGGUCCUCCACCCGCAGCUGGACAGCAAGCCGAGAGUCCAGCCUGGACACUGACACCAGCAGCAUGGCUGACCUCCGCACCAGGAGGGGGCAUUACGGAGCAGACUUCUCCACAGAGGAGAGCGAGCAGCUGCUGAUGGCCCUGGACCCACUGGACAACGACCGAGACAACACCAGUGGCGACACCGUGUCAACGGCCAUCACUGUGGAGACCAGCCCGGCGGAGGCCAAAAGGAAUGAUUUUGUGGACGAGACUGGGUCUGUAGGCAGCUCUGCAGAGGAGAGAGACAUCCUACCACAGGACUUCCCCGUCAUAGCCCCCCGGGUCCUGGCAGGGCUAGAGGACUACACAAAGAACACCACUCCCCUUCCCGCAAACUCCUCCACUUCCACCCCCGGCCGACCCCUGAAGAGCCCAAAGAGGAUGGGAGUCCACCACCUGCACCGCAAAGACAGCCUGACCCGGGCACAGGAGCAUGGUAACCUGCUGGACUGAGACUACGGGACUUUACUCCUCUCACUUCAUCUGUCAUCUGACAGACUAACUCUUCAAUGGUCUGUGGACUCUUUAUCUUACCAGAAAAGAGAGCGAUGAUUCGUGUCGGUCCUCCCUUUGUCCGUGCUGCCGUCUCUCAUGAGUUUAGUCAGGAAAUACACACAUUCUCUAGUAACCACAUUCAAGAGCUGACUGUUCUUCAGAAGAUAUGUGCGAUGCCUGGCUGCCGGUUGAAUGGUCAAGUUUGCGGCGUUCUUUCCUUUGUUUUCCACUGUAAACCGCAAUCUCCUCCAGUAGCAGAACAAAGGGUCCUACAGGGGUUUCUGAAUGAGGAGACACUGCAGUUUGUGGUACCUGAUGGACGCCAUUGCGAGGAGACUGUUGUAGGGUCCCAAGUCCAGACUCACCCAACCAUGAAUCCAG